AUGUGGGCUCUCUCGUGGCAAGAUCCCAAUGGUCCUCCCCCGGCCUUCAGUCAGAUGGCGGCUCCACCAAGCAUUAGCAUUCCCACGGAGAGCACGAACUCGACGCUUUUGACGCCCCUGACCAGUAGAAGCUUGCAUGCAGAGCCAGAAACCACGGCUUUGGCUCAUGCCUCGCUCUUUUCUGCAGGUGACCCUGCUUUGAAAGCAUUCAGCGCUGGUUAUGCCUCAUUCGCGCAGCCUGAUGGGAAGCUGACCUUGAAUGCUUUGCUUCAGGGCUGCCAAGAUUUCGAGCCGCUGCAGACGGCUGAUGAUAGCCAGCCCAGCACCAAUCCAACUACCCCACGUCAGGCCCCGGUGCCGAUGUUGCAGGCCCCAGUGCUCCCUAUGCCUGUUGUGGCCCAGGUGGCCCAGAAGAUUUCUUCUCCGUCACGCACUCCGCCACGCUCUCCGCCACCCUCGCCGCUGCCGAAGGAGAAAACUUCUUCGCUUCCGGCAACGCCAAGUCAGGCGACGGCCAGGGAACAGUGCGAGGAGUCAGUGCUUCCGGUUGAAGUCUACAGCAGGAAGGUUUCGGAAGCCUCUCAUGAGGCUCACGAUGCUCCGCUUUCGGAAGCGGCCGGUGCCAGCCCGAAGCUUGCGACCUCAGAUGCUGGUGAGGCUGUGGUCAGCUCUACCAUGGAGGAGCCACAGCCAAAGAGCCACGGGCCGUCGCCCGGGCCAUCACCCGGGCCAUCACCCGGGCCAUCACCCGGGCCGUCGCCCGGGCCGUCGCCCAGAGCCAGCGA